GGGAGUGACGAAAAGUGACAAGCUUGUUGUUACAGUUGAGUGACGCCCUCACACACGCCAGGACCUGUUAAUGAGUGACGCCCUCACAUACACCUGGUCCUGUUGAUGAGUUAGCUCCUCACGCACACACGCCAGAUCCUCUUGAUGAGUUACGUCCUCACACCAGAUCUUUUUGAGUUACGUCCUCACACACCAGCUCCUGUUGCUGAGUUACAUCUACACAGGCUAGAACCUAUUACCGAGUGGUCUUUCCACACACGAAUCAAGACCUAUUAACUGUGAGACGUCCUCACACAUACCAGGACCUGUUGAUGAGUGAUGUCCUCAAGGAUCUGUUGAUGAUUGACGCCCUCUUACACCAAGAUCUGUUGAUGGUGCCAGUAAUUCAACCUCUGAAUCCACUCUUGAAACUAGUUCUAAAGUGCCCCAUUACCGCUGGUAGUGUAUGCAGCCGCAACAUUUUUAGUGAUUUUUCCGUGAAUGUGAGCGUGUGCGCGCGCGUGCGCAGCAGUAUAUGAUGGAUACAUAGUAUUGUAAUGUAGAUGUGUUCUUGAGCCUGUGAGUGUUUGACAGAGAAUGAAGACCUGCCCGGACGCUGGCCGCCCACCCUCUGUAGAAUCCCUGUGCAGCCUUUCCAUACCAUCGCCUGGCGUACUAGUACCAGCAGCGCCAGGUAUACCAGUGCCAACAGCGACACCAACAGCCUCCUCCAGUAUGGCCAGAGACGCAACGGAGAGUGCUAGUACCAACGCACCUCCUUCAUCAUCUGCGUCUGCUCCUGAAGCUUCUCUUCUACAGAGCAAAGGCAGCCUUCAGUUCAGCCCCGAGCAGAUAGAUUGCGUGUGUGAGACCCUCCUACAGGCUGGUGACAUGGAACGCCUCGGCAGAUUCCUCUCCAUCCUGCCACUCCACACGGAGGUCUCACGCACCUCCGAGGUCAUCCUCAGGGCCAAAGCUGCCGUGGCCUUCCACAGAGGCACCUUCAAAGACGUCUACACUAUCCUAGAAACCAACACCUUCACUGCCAAGUACCAUACGGAGAUGCAGAGCAUGUGGUACAGAGCGCACUACAAAGAGGCGGAGAAGAUCAGACAGCGCCCACUAGGAGCGGUGGACAAGUAUCGCAUCAGAAAGAAGUACCCGCUGCCCAAGACCAUCUGGGACGGGGAAGAGACCAUAUAUUGCUUCAAGGAGAAGUCACGGUUGGCGCUGAAGGAGUGCUACAAGCAGAACCGCUAUCCCACUCCUGACGAGAAGAGGAACCUGGCCAAGCAGACGGGUCUCACACUCACGCAGGUGUCCAACUGGUUCAAGAAUCGCAGGCAGAGAGACCGCAACCCAGCGCCCAGACCGGACCUGCUGUUGGGCCCCCACGGCGAUGGCUCCGUCAUGUCCCACCCCUUCGAUCCGACCGGCCACGAUAUGCGCGCCAUGUACGUGGCUAAGAUGACUUACGAUCCUUCCAAAAUGGGCUACGAUCCCACCAAGAUGGGCUAUGACCCCGCCAAGAUGGGCUACGAUCCCGCUAAGAUGGGCUACGACCCAAGCCUACCUAGCAUGGCGCCACGACACAAUAUCAUGAAGCCAGAGAUGUUGGCCCAACACCUCAAGCCUGAGGCUGCCUCUCUCCUACAUCACUUCCCCAACAUGGCUGCCGCUGCCGCUGCCUCAUACCCUUACCACGGGUACGACGCGACGCUGCAGGCGGUCACCACGGCUGCCCACCAAGACAUGUGAGAGGAAAACCCGCCGUUGUUAUGGGUAAAUGUCUAAUUUAGCCCUCAAGACCAGUGUCUGCGGCGUCGCUCAGCAGACCAAGAAUACCACACUUCUGCAGGCCAGAAGGUGAGACUGAGGUGUAGUGCUUAGUACAGUGAACCGACGCCAAGAUUGUGGCAGCUGGUACUCGACAUGUAUCCGGCUCACAAUUGAGAGAACUGAUUCAAUACCUGGGCGAGACAAGACGAUAUGUAAAUCUUUCCUAGCAUCUGCACUUGUUCAUCUAGCAGAAAACAGGUACCUUGGUGUUAGUUGACUGUCGUGGGUCGCAUCGUAGGAAAGUUUACCUAACGAACAUAGCGAAAUAGAUCGCACUGCUUGACUUUCCUAGGUUAUCCUAUGUUAUUAACCCUCCGAGGUUAAUAAUAAAGUCUUUUGCAGGUGAGUGUGGUAUCCGCUAUAGCUCUUGCUGGUGCUAGUGACUGGUAUCAGACUGAGCGUGCCCAGACAAGUGGCACCACAACACCCACUCCUGGUCAUCACUACCGUCCUGGACAAAUGUAAAAUGUUGUGACAACCUUAGUGUCGUGAACAGCUACCAGUCUCGGGUCACGACCUCUGUGGUUGGGUCGGCUGAGGGGACGCCUUGGGGUCAGGUGAAUCUGUCCCUCCAUUAUGUAUGUGACCUUAAGCUCCCCUUUCAGUGAACUGAGCGUCAACUCGUGAACCUAAAUAGUGAAAACGUCAGUCCCAACUACGAACAUCUAGUGCUGAAGGGAUUUGGGAACCACUGAAGUGGUUGGGUAAUAGCUGAAAUUGCUGAGAUAUAGAUAAAUUGUGGGACUUUGUAAAGGGUGAUGACGAGUAUUAUUGAAACUGAACCUUGGUUUAAUACGAAAUGGAGGAUUGUAAAACGUUUGAUAAAAGGCUCUAAAUUUCUUGAACGUUCAUAACUCCGUAACUUCCUGAACCUUUCCUCUUGAAAUUCGAACAUUUGUUCAAGCGUUCAAAUGUUGCAAUCCGGAUUUCUCAGAAGUAGUGUCCAGUUUUUCAUUCCAUUCCCACUGUAGCCAGCCUGUACCUAUCAUUUUAUUUUAAACAUGUCACAAUAUUCCACUUUCUUAAUUUCAUGUAAUGAAAUUCUCGUAAAGUGAUGCUGUACCUUAAUUAUGUACCCCGUAUAAUCCUCCUGUGGGUGGUGGGGAGACCCAUCCUGUGAGCGAUAAUGAACAGAUUCUAGGUUGAUUGCUACUUAUGUAAAUGUCAUUCCAGUGACGUAGUUUGACGGUCCAGUUAUCUGUCCCAACGAUAGGGUGCGCCGCUAGAAAUAACCAAAUAAAAUGACAAUAAAAGACCUCAGUUGGCGAGCUGACGACACGGACAUCUCUAGUGUCUUAGACCAGCUAGAUAUGUGAGCGUGAAGGGAUAUAUUUUUCAUCCUAAUGCAAAAUAUUUACUCUGAAAAUGACUACCAGGUUCUUUAUGGUAUAGUUAGGUGCUGGUUCACGGUGAUGAUUGUUAGCUGAGAGAAUGUUGAUCGGUUUGUUAGCUAAUUGAAUGUUCAUUGAUUUGUUAGCUAACAUUACAGACAUAUUAAGUGUAAUAAUCACUGGUUUGUUAGAUUUGUAUAUAUCUGCCAGUGUGCACUCAAGAGUUGUUUACGGGUGUCAAAUCUUGGCCCCCCCCCCCCCCAUUCCCCGGUUAAGCUACUUUGACUGGCAUAAUUAAUUUCUAGCCACUUAAAACUUGUCAUACCUAAUCUUGAAAUUGUGUAUUAAAUUUGCUUCCACGGCUACCUCAUUUAACUCAUUCCAUUUUUUACCAAUGAGAUUAGUAAAGGCGUCCUUCCUAACAUUCCUGAUUAGUCUGUCUUCUGCUUCUGCCUAUGGUCCAUUGUCCCUGGUCUUUUUAAUUUUAUCCACCUUUUUCUUGUAUAUUCCUAUUAAUAGUCUAUGGAUUAGUCUGGCGGGUACAUAGUUCAGUGCUCACUUGGAGUCCAAGAAGAUGCAGUUCUCUUAUUGCUGUCUUUUUCUCACUGUCGUAAAUCUCAGGUAUUUCAAGACUAAGAUUUCACGUCCCUAAAUCACUGCUAGUUUUCACUAACAAUCCCUCUGUUCUGCAGGUGCUUUCAUGUUUUCUUAAAACCUGUUGAUAGUUUGCCUGUCUCCGUACUCAUGGACAUGUUAUAUUAUCUGCACUUAUUACUGGGCUAAGGAAAUGGUGAGAACAAGCAGGUCAAACUUUCGAAUAACACAUGCGUAGUACUUAAUUAUCUAUUAUGGAGAUGCUUAGGAGGUAAUUUGAGUUAAUUCCACAUUUUUCUCUUAACUUAUUCAUCUACUUGUCGGUUUUGUAAGCCAUUAAUAUAAAACAACAGAUCUAUACUGUGAUAUCUUUUGCUGAUCUGUUACGCAUCCUCCAGUUUAACUUAAGACCUACGUAGUCAAUAAUUGCAUCAUACUACACGUGUUUAAAUUUUAGACUUGAUAAAGCGGAACACUCAGUGAAACGUCAGAAUAAAGAAUUGCCAUAUAAACACUUCACCCAGUUUUUAUGUUCAUUUUUAGCAGGUUCAUGAAAAUGUUAAAUAAGAUAUACAAAGUAAGAUUAUUUAACUACGUUUCGCUCUACAAGUAGCUUUGAUAAAGCUCUGAGAGCGAAAUAUUUAAAAACAAUCUUAUUCUGUCCAUGUAUCAUGAAUUGACCAGUUUCAAUGCACUUCAUCCUUUGUUGUGGGAUGUAUCUUGUUCCUGUUUGACCGCUUCCAACUUCCCUUAUUCCAGUUUGACCACUUCCAACUUCCCUUAUUCCUGUUUGACCGCUUCCAACUUCCCUUGUUCCUGUUUGACCGCUUCCAACUUCCCUUAUUCCUGUUUGACCGCUUUCAACUUCCCUUGUUCCUGUUUGACCGCUUCCAACUUCCCUUGUUCCUGUUUGACCGCUUCCAACUUCCCUUGUUCCUGUUUGACCGCUUCCAACUUCCCAUAUUCCUGUUUGACCGCUUCCAGCUUCCCUUAUUCCUGUUUGACCACUUACAACAUCCCUUAUUCCUGUUUGACCGCUUCCAACUUCCCUUAUUCCUGUUUGACCGCUUCCAACUUCCCUUAUUCCUGUUUGACCACUUCCAACAUCCCUUAUUCCAGUUUGACCGCUUCCAACUUCCCUUAUUCCUGUUUGACCGCUUCCAACUUCCCUUGUUCCAGUUUGACCGCUUCCAACUUCCCUUAUUCCUGUUUGACCGCUUCCAACUUCCCUUGUUCCUGU